AUGUCAGAAGCCAAUCAAACAGAACCAAAGAUAAUCAAGACUUUAGAAGAAGACGAUGAAUUUGAAGACUUCCCGGAUGACACGAAGUGGUCUUCUGAAGCCAAGAGUAUAAAUAAUCCAGCUCACUUAUGGGAGGAAGAUUGGGAAGACGAUGAUUCCAACGACGCCUUUGCCCAGCAACUCAGAGAAGAGUUGAAGAAGGCGCAGAAGCAGGUUUAA